GCGUGGAUUUUAAUUCCAGUUUGAAGUUUUCAUUUGAUCUCUCUCUCCCUGGGAAGAAAACAUCAAGAAAAACUCCAAGUUCUCGCAAGAUCGAAGUAAUGCACGACUAUCAAGAAAAACGGAAUUCCUUGCAGUCUUUUAUUUCAGACAGUGAUGACAACUUAGAUAUACUAAAAGGCCAUGUCAUAAAUGAGCUUAUAGAAACUGAGAGAGUGUACGUAGAGGAACUCUUCACUGUUUUGACGGGCUACAGAGCUGAGAUGGAUAACCCCGCCAUGCUCAUCCUCAUGCCUCCCGUGCUGAGGAACAGGAAGGACAUCCUCUUCGGAAACAUGCCCGAGAUAUACGACUUCCACAACAAAAUUUUCCUGCACAGCCUGGAAAGCUGCCUGGGAGCACCCGAGAGAGUGGGAUUUUGUUUCCUAGACAGGCGGGAGGAUUUCCAGAUGUAUGAGAAAUACUGCCAGAACAAGCCCCGGUCGGAGUCCCUGUGGAGGCAGUGCUCCGAAAGCACCUUCUUCCAGGAAUGCCAAAGAAAAUUAGAGCACAAACUCGGGCUGGAUUCCUAUUUGCUUAAACCAGUGCAGCGCCUGACAAAAUACCAGUUACUUCUGAAGGAGUUGCUAAAGUACAGCACGAGCUGUGAUGGAGUUCAGGAACUUCAAGAAGCUCUGGUUGCAAUGUUGGAUUUGCUAAAGUCAGUCAAUGACUCUAUGCAUCAGAUUUCAAUAACAGGAUAUGAUGGUGACCUGAGCGAACUGGGGAAAGUAUUGAUGCAAGGAUCUUUCAGUGUUUGGACAGGACACCGGAAAGGUCCGACAAAAAUGAAGGAUCUUGCCAGGUUCAAGCCAAUGCAGAGGCAUCUGUUCCUGUAUGAGAAAGCCUUGGUCUUCUGUAAGAAGCGAGAGGAACAUGGAGAUGGAUAUGACAAAACCUCAUCUUACAGUUUUAAGCAUUUUUUGAAAAUGAAUGCAGUUGGAAUAACUGAGAAUGUGAAGGGAGAUCAUCGGAAAUUUGAAAUCUGGUAUAGUGGGCGAGAAGAGGUCUAUGUCGUGCAGGCCCAAACAGUAGAUCUGAAGAUGGCAUGGUUGAAUGAAAUAAGAAAAAUUUUGUUCAGGCAGCAGGAGCUUAUAAAAGUGGAGAAGCAGCAGCCCGGCUCGUGCACGGACCAGCUCCCGCUCUGCUCCCAGCCCAGCGAUGGGUGA